CCAGAUGGAACAUACCUGUAGGACACAUCAUGCACACCCUUCACCCUUCCCCCAAAACAAAAAACAAAAAGACAAAAAAACAAAAACAAAACAAAACCACAUAAUAUUUUCCUCUGGAUCCUGUUAUGAUACAAACGCAGCAGAUCUGGCUUCAGUGUGGAAAUGAAUGCACCGGUUUCUGUUUUCCAUUCUCUACUCUGGAAUAUAUAAAAAAAAAAAAGGAAAAUAAUUUAGGAAUUAUUUAAAAAAAGAAAAGAAAAAGUCCCACAACCUUCCACAAGUUAAGGGAGAUAAGGCCCUGAGUGGUGGCUAUGUGCUCCUCUUUAUGGCCACUCCAUCCACACUGAGCCUGCCCAGGAUUCUUCCAGAUCUUACACCCACCACCCACACAGAUUUUUCAGUAACAAAAGUUUCCAUGCUACGACCAAAAAUCCCCCUUGUCACCAAGCUGCUCGGAGCCUCAGAGUUUUUUUUUUUUUUUCCUGCAGAUUUUCAGCCUUCUUGGGGUUUGUGCCUCGGUUUCCUGAUGAGAUUUUUUGCUUUGGGUUUUCUGGAUGUUUCCCAUGUCCGUGCAGGCCUUACGUCCCAUUGGUCAGUUUCAGUCACGUGACCAGGAAUUGGCUGUAUGUCGCCCCCAGUCUCCAGUUUUAAUACAGCAGGGUCCCCCCUACGUCUGAUUUAUCAACAAUAUACAAUAAUAGGGCCUUUGGAUUAUUAGGACCCCAAUAUUUGCUCUCCCACCACCCCCCUAGGCUGGCCAGGGGAAGCCAUGAAUUUUGAAUUUGAGAGGGAGAUCGGAUUUAUAAACAGCCAGCCUUCGCUUGCAGAGUGUCUGACCUCCUUCCCCGCUGUCCUGGAGACAUUUCAAACUUCAUCAAUCAAGGACUCGACAUUAAUUCCUCCUCCUUUUGAACAAACAAUCCCAAGCCUGAAUCCGGGAUCCGGCAGCCAGCCCAGGACCAAGAGCCAGAAACGCGUAGAUCAUGGCCUGGCCCAACAGCCCGUGCACCAGCCUGGCCAUUUGGCUACAGAAUUCCCCUGGAUGAAAGAAAAGAAAUCAGGGAAGAAAAGCAACCAAGGAUCCCCUCAAGCCUCCCUGUCUGCACCCGAGUCUGUAGGAGGCUCCCCAGCAGAACCGCCCGGGAUCCAGGACGCCAGCGGCGGCUCCAGGAGAUUAAGGACAGCCUACACCAACACCCAGUUACUGGAGUUAGAGAAGGAAUUUCAUUUUAAUAAGUAUCUGUGCAGACCAAGGAGAGUGGAGAUUGCGGCUCUGCUGGAUCUUACCGAGAGACAGGUGAAGGUUUGGUUCCAAAAUCGCCGGAUGAAGCACAAGAGACAAACCCAACUCAAGGACCCGCAGGAUGGGGAGCUGGGCUUUAAUAAUUUAGAAGACUGUGAUGAUGGGGAUGAGAGUCCAUCCUAUCAGCAAGGAUUAGACAGCAACGACUCCUUGAGGGACACAGAGCCCUACUCGUCUGAGACCCCCAAAAUACCCAACACCCAGCAACUAUCUACGGGCAAAGAACCCCAUCCAAGAAGUCCCCUGUAUCCAACACCCACCAGUGAGACUGAGGCCGGAGCAGAGGUGGGUUGCAUGGACAAUGUGCUCUCAGAAAGCCAGGACAAUUCCUUAUUGUCAGAUCUGACUUUAUUCUCCACAGACUCCUGCCUACACAUUUCAGAUGGCUCCCUCAAUAGUCCCGUCCAUUUCUCCCAGGAAGAUAUCGACUUUCUCACUAGCACACUUUGCAGCAAAGAUCUCCACAAUCUAGACUUUUAAGCAGCUGCUAUAUUAUUAUUAUUAUUAUUAAUAAUUAUUAUUAUUAUUACAAUCACUGUUUAUAUAUAUUGUUUGGUAGUGACAGCCUCUGAAGCCAGAGGAUAUAUCAUUUCUAUCUAUUUCAUGUAUUUAUUAUUAUUAUUAUUUUAUUCUAUUUUAUUCUAUUUCGAAAGGUUUUUGCUAAUAGUCAUUAUUUAUGCAUAUUAAUCACUUUUUUUUUAUUUUAAUUUAUUAUUUUAGAGUUGAAAUUUGAAAAUGUUCAGGAUUUAGAAAUUAAUAAAUGAAUCCGAUUACUUUAGUGACGUCUCAGGAAAUCAUAUGUUCGUUUAGGUCUAUUAAAAAAGGCACAAGUUCUAUUAAGUUAUAGAUUAUUUAUUUGAGGUCUUUUAGCUAUUUUCUAAUUAUUUAUUUUGACUUUAUUUUCAUAGAUGAAAUGUAUUUAUGAUAUUCCGUGUGCAGUUUUGACACGUUAAUAAAAACACAA